AUGUCAUUGUCAGAGGGUUCUGUUCGACCCAAUGACCUGCUGGCUUUGUUUAAACAAACCGGCCCCAAAACCAAAGCCCACAUCAGAGCUGCAGAGUUUCUGGACAACACGGUGGAGCUGAUUAGGGAGAUGGUUUACACACACUCCAUGGACAAACCCGACCUCAGCGAGCUCUUGAGCGCAGAAGACAUGGAGACCAUCCUGCAGGCCACCGGCUGCUCAGCAGAGAUGAAGAGACCGGUGUGUAAAUCUGACUGUCUGUCCAAGCGCUACCGCACCAUCACAGGACACUGCAACAACAGUUACUUUGACAGGGAGAACCCUCAGUGGGGUGCAGCUAACACCCCGUACGCCCGCUGGCUCUCCCCGCAGUAUGAGGACCCCCGAGGGGCCCCGAGAGGCUGGAGCCCACAGCACACCUACCACAACCACACACUGCCCCCCGUAAGACUGACAGCUGUCCCUAAUGUGCGGCGUGUGUCUCAGGAGGUGUUGUACACUCAGAACGGGAACAUCACUCUGGACGGCUCUCUGUCACACCUGCUGGUGGAGUGGGGUCAGUGGAUCGACCACGACCUGACUUUAACACCGCAGAGUCCCAGCACUGCAGCCUUCAGGACCAGAGCCGACUGCACUCGCACCUGCAGCACUGACACACCCUGCUUCCCCAUACAGAUCCCGCUGUCGGACCCUCGCUCACACACUCAGUCCUGCAUGGCGUUUUUCCGCUCUGCCCCGAGCUGCAGUUCUCCUCUCGGCCAGCGGGAGCAGCUGAACGCCAUCACUGCCUUCGUGGACUCCAGCAUGGUUUACGGGAGUUCAGAUGCUCUGGCCCUCAGCUUGAGGAAUCUCUCGUCUCCUCUCGGUCUUCUGGCUGUUAAUCAGUUUCAUUCAGAUCAAGGGUUCGACUUUAUGCCUUUCCUAAACCGCACGCAACCUCAGCUCGACCCCUGCGGCCCGCGCCAGCACUCAGACCACACCACUGCACCACAGCAGAACAACAACAUCUCCAUGGGGAACGCGUCCUUCUGCUUCCAAGCAGGUGACUCUCGAGCCAAUGAGCACUUGGGAAUGAUCGCUCUGCACACACUCUUUCUGAGAGAACACAACCGAUUGGCUAAGGAGCUCCACAGGAUCAACCCUCAUUGGAGCCCGGACACACUGUACCAGGAGGCCAGGAAAAUACUGGGAGCCGUCCACCAGAUCUUGACGUGGGAUCACUAUCUGCCACACGUCCUGGGCCGCAGUGCAAACCAGAUCCUCAUGCCGGCGUAUAAAGGUUACGACCCCGCCGCUGACCCGAGCAUCUCCAACAUCUUCUCCACCGCUGCUUUUAGAUUCGCGCAUGUAACCGUGCAUCCGGUGGUGAACCGCCUCGGACCUGAUUACCGGUUGAGCCCUGCACACCCGGCUCUGCCAUUGCACCACUCUUUAUUUGCAUCCUGGAGGGUGGUGAAAGAGGGAGGUAUUGAUCCAGUGCUGCGUGGUUUACUGGUGUCUCCGGCUAAACUGCAGACGGCGGAUCAGAUGAUGGUGGAGGAGCUGACCGAAAGACUUUUCCAGGCUCAGGGAGGCCUGCCGCUCGACCUCGCUGCGCUAAACCUGCAGAGAGGACGAGACCACGGCCUGCAAGGUUACAGUGUGUGGCGUGAGCUCUGUGGUCUGCCUGCGCCGGUGAACGAGUCUGCUUUAUCAGGGAUUCUGGGUAACACUGCUCUGGCCAGGAAGCUGCUGGAUCUGUAUGGAGUUGCUGAGAAUAUAGACGUGUGGGUCGGGGCCAUUGCGGAGCCAGCUCUGCCUGGGGGCCGCGUGGGGCCGCUGCUGGCCUGCCUUAUAGCCAGACAGUUCAGAGGCCUGAGAGACGGAGACCGCUUCUGGUGGCAGAAUGAAGGAGUGUUCAGCUCGGGUCAGAGAGACGCUCUCCGCUCCACUUCUCUUUCCCGGAUCAUCUGUGAAAACACACACAUCCAGCAGGUUCCCCUCGACCCUUUCACAAACACAAUGCGUCCUGAAGAGCUGCUGUCCUGCUCCAACAUCCAGCUUUUUAACCUCUCGGCCUGGACUGAGCCGGACUCGGACCCAGUAUGUGGUGCGGUGCCGCGGUUGACUCUGGGUUUCUCUGUCCUCUGUGGCUCUGCUGUGUUUUAUCAGUGUCCUGCUGGAUUCCUGCUAAUCGGAGCCACACACGUCACCUGUGACCCACAAACACACCACUGGAGCCCACAAACACCCACCUGCCAAGAUAUCGAUGAAUGUUCCACUGAUUCGGCCGUCUGUCCUCCACACCUGCAGUGCCUCAACACACCUGGAGGAUAUACCUGUACAGAAGCUGCAGCUCCGCCCCUCUCCGCCUCCUCCAUUGCUGGAUCAGUGAUGUCAGUCUUGGGGGGCGUGGCUUUGAUCAUGCUCCUCCUCUUCUGCUAUCAGAGAUUUAUCCUGAGGAAAGCCGAUCCACCGAAGCCUGAUUGCUGUCAGAGGACGAGCUGAGGGAAAACUGGGAGGAUGUGAUGACGGGCUCAAUGGUCAGAGAGUUAUUCUCCACACAGCGCUGGACUGAC